CUGAGAGUUGUCAAGGUUUUGGUUGUGGAGUAUCCGUGAGGGGAGCAAGGGCGGUUACGCUUGUACAAUGCCGAAUAAAACGAAAAAAGAUAAGGAGUCUCCCAAGUCUGGCAAAGUGGGGAAGAGUGGAGGACAGGAGAAUUCAGAACAUGAGAGCUCUAACAGGAAGGCUAGCAAUAGUGUUCCUCCAACAACUCAGCUACUAAAGGGGAAGCAGCCAGGUUCCCAGACACCUGUCAAAAAGGACAAGAGGCAGAGCUCCUCUCGCUUCAGCUUGAGCAACAACAGGGAACUGCAGAAACUUCCUGCUUUUAAAGAUGUUCCCCCUGCAGAGCAGGAGAAGCUGUUUAUCCAGAAGUUGCGUCAGUGCUGCGUUCUCUUCGAUUUUGUCUCAGACCCACUGAGUGACCUGAAAUGGAAGGAGGUGAAACGAGCCGCGCUGAGCGAGAUGGUGGAGUACAUCACCCACAACAGGAACGUCAUCACCGAACCGAUCUACCCAGAAGUGGUUCACAUGUUUGCUGUGAAUAUGUUUAGGGCAUUGCCGCCGUCAUCCAACCCCACGGGUGCAGAGUUUGACCCAGAGGAAGAUGAACCCACUCUAGAAGCUGCGUGGCCGCAUCUACAGCUUGUCUACGAGUUCUUCCUGCGGUUCUUAGAGUCACCGGACUUUCAACCAAACAUAGCCAAAAAGUAUAUUGACCAGAGGUUUGUAUUGCAGCUCUUAGAACUUUUUGACAGUGAAGACCCCAGAGAAAGAGAUUUUUUAAAGACCACUCUGCAUCGCAUCUAUGGGAAGUUCCUGGGCCUUCGAGCAUACAUUAGAAAACAGAUUAAUAACAUAUUUUAUAGGUUCAUUUAUGAGACUGAGCAUCAUAAUGGAAUUGCAGAACUACUGGAAAUACUAGGCAGCAUAAUCAAUGGAUUUGCAUUACCUUUGAAAGAAGAGCACAAGAUAUUCCUGCUGAAAGUCCUCCUGCCUUUGCACAAAGUCAAGUCCCUUAGUGUGUAUCACCCACAGCUGGCCUACUGUGUGGUACAGUUCUUAGAGAAGGAUAGCACCCUUACAGAACCGACGGUAAUGGCAUUGUUAAAGUAUUGGCCAAAGACCCACAGUCCAAAAGAAGUUAUGUUCCUCAACGAACUGGAGGAGAUACUGGAUGUCAUUGAGCCUUCGGAGUUCGUCAAAGUCAUGGAACCCCUCUUCAGACAGCUGGCCAAAUGUGUGUCAAGCCCGCACUUUCAGGUAGCAGAGCGAGCGCUGUACUACUGGAAUAAUGAGUAUAUCAUGAGCCUGAUCAGCGACAACGCUGCCAAGAUCCUCCCCAUCAUGUUCCCGGCCCUUUACCGCAAUUCCAAAACCCACUGGAACAAGACGAUUCAUGGGUUGAUUUACAAUGCUCUGAAGCUCUUUAUGGAGAUGAACCAGAAACUGUUUGAUGACUGCACCCAGCAGUUCAGGGCAGAAAAAAGCAAAGAGAAAGCCAAAUGGAAAGAGAGAGAAGAAGCAUGGGUGAAGAUUGAGAAUCUAGCAAAGGCAAACCCACAGUUUGUCGUGUAUGUGGACUCAAUAGGAUCAGGAAGUCCGAUGGACAUGGAGACAGAUGGGCCACUGCUAGACGAUGUCAACAUGCUAAAGAAAGCAGUAGUUGAGGAAGCCACACAGAUCCAAAAAGACCAGCGCAGAGAACGCCCGUUGAUGCGGAGGAAAUCUGAGCUCCCCAAAGACAUCUCCACAGUCACAGCUUUGGAGUUGCACCGAAGAGCAGAGGAAAUGUUGACGCCACACGAUGGCCAUUAAGAGACCAUCCCAGACCUACCAUAAACCAGCAGCAUCCACAGUGGAAUCACAAACCCACGGAGGGCCAGCACAAAAACCCCCAAAACAAAACAGAACUGUGGUAUCUCAGUCCAGCCCAGUGCAACACAGAAAUGAACGAUCCCAGCUCCACCUGACACAGAAAAUGUCUAAAGCCACACAUCUAAGCCAGGUCCGGCUUUGCGAGACAAGCGGUGCCCGGUCCUUACUGAUCCUCACCCCUUCACCUGGUUCUUGCUUGCGGUGCUGGGAUGUCCUGCAUGACCACAGCAACCCGCCGUAUACUGAACUUCAAAUAAGAAAUUGUCAUAAUCUCCUUUUCUUCUGUUUUUUUUUUCUUUUUCUUUUUUUUUUCCCUCCCCCUGUCCGCUCAACUUGUGUUUUGGGGUGCUGUGCUGCCCCCUUCUGGUCAUUUUUCUCAGGUGUUCUGUUCUGGUGUGUGUGUGUGUGUGUGUGAGUGUGAGCAGUCUUCUUCUCGUCUCUUCUUUAUCGAUGUCAGGUGCUUGUACAAAUAAUAAGAGCCCCCAAACUGUAACCUCAAUGGAGGCCAUCUACAGUGGGGUGAGACUGUGUCAGUUCUUUCUGUAUAUUUAAUAUUGGCUGUUUUUUCUCAUAAAAUUUAAACUAGAUAGCUGUUUAUAUUAUAUUUUCCCUUCAUGCUAUAUUAGGAGCUCUAAGAUUUUUAAAAAAUCACGUCCUAUCUGAAGAACUGUUCUGUUUCUUGCUAUUAUUUUAGGAUUCAUUCAUUCACUCCAUUCAUCAGGACCGGGCCACUCCUGAAUUCAGCAGGGGUGUGUGUCAAGGAUUGGGGGGAAAAAAAAUCCUUUUAACUCAGUGCUGUUCAUCAAACAGGGCCAACCCGACUGAGGUUCCAGGUUUUUCUUCUGCACAUCAUUAUUCCCGUGUAGAAACCUAGUUCGGUGCCAACUUUCUCAUUUAGUUCCUGUUUUUAAGAAAAAAAAGAUCUUUUAAUUUUGAAGGCAGUCAGUUAGCACGGCUCCCAAAGCGUCUAUGGCUUAAAGUUUACCACAUGUUCAGAGCAUUUUUUUAUCAGUCACAGCGAUGAGUCCGCGGCCCAAGCAUGUUUGGCUGCCCGGUUACAUGAGAGCGGAUUGUGUCGAUUUAUUUUUAGUUUCCUAUUUACGUCCAGCCAUUGUGUGUUUAACAUAGUUAUUAGCAUUCAGUACAAGUCACUAUCAUUCAUUUAAGGCUUAUGAGAGGUUAAACAGAUGUACUAGGUUGUUUGGGAUUAACACGAUGUUACUGUGUGUUGAGAGAAGUUAAAUAGGGGCAGAAACCGUGCCGAUAAUGAACUUAGUCUUUUUUGUUUUUCAAAUCUUUUCAAGCAAGAUCCUUUUAUUUGUACAACAAUUGGUAGAGAAUAGAUUGCUCCGUAGAGGAGGCAUGUUUGGUUUGAAGAGGUCAAACAUAAGCCUUUCUUUUCACAGUGCCUUUUGUAGUCGGAGAGGGUAUUUACUCAACUGAGAACAGAGUAGCAGCAUGACAUAAAACGUCAGAUGAUUUCAAAGGUUAUAACAGUAGUUUCCAUAAAAAACGUAUUCAGGUCCAUUGUUGGACUUCUGCCUUGUUGAAGCUACGUAGUUGGAUCCGUUUUGUUUUUUUGAGUUCAAGGCUAAAGAGCAGAGAUGGCGUGGUUGCCCCAAACCACUUCAGCAAAGAAGCACUUCCUGAUAACACUUGAAAGACACUCGCAACACAACUGAAACUAAAACAAACUAGUAAACAUUUGAAAUCCGUGAUGCUGUCUGUCUUGGUGUGUGUGUGUGUGUGUCUAUGUGUGUGUGCGCUUGUUUGAGUGUUUGAGUCCCCUCCCCAUAGUGCCUGUUGUUAAGAGCUAGCCUAUACAGGAGAGGAAAAUCACUUCCCAUCCCAACUUUUCUUCUUCCAUCCUGUGGCCCCUCUAUUUCCGUUCCACUUUUUCUGAUUUGUCCCAUAGUCUGAUCCUCUCUCGUCCCGCCCUCCACCUGCGUGCCCACACGGUGCACGCCCUCUUCAGUUUAAAAACACAACACGAAACAAAACCUGUAGGGCUCGUUAUUUGAGCACGUGUUUGCUUCUGGAUGCUUGCAAGUUCUUUUUUUAAAAAUUUGUUUUGUUUUGUUGUGGUUUUAUUCUUCCUUUGCUCGCAGAACCUCUCUGUCAGUGUUUUCAACUGAAUGUGCAAAUUUGUAAAUAGUACUGCAACCACACUGUUCAGUUCUCUCCAUGUUUGUCUUGAAGAACAACAGUCAUUCAAGGCUUUCACCGAAACCCGACAAAAAGGAAAGCGAUUCCAUCCCGGCUGAAGCGCAGUGCUGGCUCCCAUUGGUGACUGCUGUUCUUCUUCAGAUGGCUUUAAUAUUGGCUUCUUUGGAGCUCUCUUCAUUUGACAUAAGCUUUUUGUUUCUUUGAAAAGAGUUAUAUUUGCAAGUGUCCUUUAGUAUGCGUCUGAUACUAAAUGGCUUUGUCUAAUAUUGUACAUACAAUGUACUUUUGUGUUAUAACUAUUAUUAAAUGGUAGAUUUCAUAUUUUGUACAAAAUAUCCCGUGUACAGAUUACAGAGGUUAUUAGCAACUGCAGACAGUUGGUAUGUGGGACAGAGUUCAACACAUGUAACUAUUUACAGUUAGAAACCAUAUAGAAUUUGGGUAGUUUUUUAUCUUUGUAAUUUUGACAUCGUUUCCAUUUUUUUUUUUUUUUCACCUCCAGAUGUGUUGACCCUACAUACAUGAGCUUUUCGUGUGUGCUUUUAUCCAAAUCUCCAGUGGUGUACAUCUAUCUAUAUACAGCAAAUAAAGAGAACAUGUGUUUUAUAUUUUCAUCCUAAGAAAAAAA